CGCCACAAUAACCAUGACAGCAGUCACUUAGUCACCACCACCCCAACCCACACAACCAAAUUUGGCGCCAAAAUCUCCACAUUCAGCAGCUUCAAUCUCAUAUUUAGAAUUUCCAUUUCUAAAUCAAAUCAAAAUCUAGCCGGAAAUGGAGGCGUUCGGCGGCUACUUCACCGACGUGAAAGCAGAGCGAGUGGAGAACAUAUUCCUCGAAUUUCUCCAAAGCUUUAAAUUUGAUGUGAGGAAUAGUAUGGAAGAAGAUUCGUAUCAGGCACAAAUUGAGACGAUGAAAGAAAAUGAAUCAACUACUAUGUUUAUCGAUUUUUCGCACGUUAUGCGUUACAAUGAUAUUCUCCAGAAAGCCAUCUCCGAUGAGUAUUUGAGGUUUGAGCCGUAUUUAAAGAAUGCGUGCAAACGGUUCGUGAUGGAGCUGAAUCCUACUUUUAUAUCUGAUGAUAACCCUAAUAAGGAUAUUAAUGUUGCCUUCUAUAACAUCCCCUUCACUAAGAGGUUAAGAGAGCUUAAUACAGCAGAAGUUGGUAAAUUGGUGUCUGUGUCGGGAGUUGUGACACGGACUAGCGAGGUAAGGCCUGAGCUUUUACAAGGAACGUUCAGGUGCUUGGAAUGUGGUGGUGUCAUCAAGAAUGUUGAGCAGCAAUUCAAAUAUACUGAGCCUAUCAUUUGUGUGAAUCCCACUUGCAGUAAUAGAGGAAAGUGGGCAUUGCUUAAACAAGAGAGUAAAUUUGCUGAUUGGCAGAGGGUCAGAAUGCAGGAAACUUCCAAAGAGAUUCCUGCAGGCUCCCUUCCUAGAUCUCUGGAUGUUAUACUUCGUCAUGAUAUUGUGGAACAGGCUAGAGCUGGUGACACGGUCAUUUUCACCGGUUCUGUGGUUGUAAUACCAGAUAUAAUGGCUUUAGCAUCCCCGGGAGAGAGAUCCGAGUGUCGUCGAGAAGCUCCCCAGAGAAAGAAUGCCUCUGGUGGACAAGAAGGUGUGAGGGGUCUGAAAGCACUCGGAGUGAGAGACCUCUCCUAUCGUCUUGCAUUUAUUGCCAACUCAGUGCAGAUUUGUGAUGGUAGAAGGGAUAAUGACAUCAGAAAUAGAAAGAAGGACGUUGAUGAGGAUGACACCCAGCAGUUCACAGAUGAGGAGAGAGAUGAAAUCCAAAGAAUGAGAAAUACUCCUGAUUUCUUUAACAAGCUGGUUGAUAGCAUAUCUCCAGCUGUUUUUGGUCACCAAGACAUCAAGCGAGCAAUUCUUCUUAUGCUCUUGGGUGGUGUCCACAAGUUCACUCAUGAGGGCAUCAACCUUAGAGGUGACAUCAAUGUUUGUAUUGUUGGAGAUCCCAGCUGUGCAAAGUCCCAGUUUCUCAAGUACACUGCAGGUAUAGUCCCUAGAUCUGUCUAUACAUCUGGCAAGUCCUCAUCUGCUGCUGGAUUAACAGCAACAGUUGCGAAAGAACCAGAAACUGGGGAGUUUUGUAUUGAGGCUGGUGCAUUGAUGCUGGCUGACAAUGGCAUUUGUUGCAUUGAUGAAUUUGACAAGAUGGACGUCAAAGACCAGGUGGCAAUUCAUGAAGCCAUGGAACAGCAGACAAUAAGCAUCACUAAAGCAGGUAUACAAGCAACACUAAAUGCUCGAACAUCAAUCUUAGCUGCUGCUAACCCUGCAGGAGGACGAUAUGAUAAAACUAAACCACUGAAGUACAACGUGGCUCUUCCUCCUGCAAUUCUUUCAAGAUUUGAUCUAGUAUAUGUGAUGAUUGAUGACCCAGACGAUCAAGUUGAUUACCACAUUGCUCAUCACAUAGUAAGAGUUCAUCAGAAGCAUGAAGAAGCACUUGCUCCUGCAUUCACAACUGCUCAAAUAAAACGUUACAUUGCAUAUGCAAAAACUUUGAAACCAAAGCUCGAUUCUGAAGCAAGAAAACUAUUGGUGGAUUCUUAUGUUGUUCUUCGGAAAGGUGAUACAGCACCAGGUAGUAGAGUUGCUUAUCGCAUGACAGUUAGACAGCUGGAGGCAUUAAUCAGGCUCUCAGAAGCCAUUGCCCGAAGUCAUCUGGACAAAAAGAAAGAAAUUAUUUCGUCCAAUGUUGGAGAAACCUCAGAAGCGAGCAUUUCAACGACAAGAAUCAUUUCGUCCAAUGUUGCGGAUUAUGAGAACCGUAAAACAGUUCAUGGUAGGAUUGAAUAUUAUUGUUCCUAUAAGAAAGAUGUUGGCUGCGGGGUUCAUGCAGCAGAGCUUUCAAUGCGAUCAUGGGUAGAUGGAAAAGAUGGAGUGAAAACCAUUUCUUGCUCUUUUCUAGAUUUUUCCAGUAAGGAUACGGCACAUUAUAACUCGUUGGUAGCAAAAUGUCUAGGCGAUCAUGCCGUGACAGUGCAUUUAGUGCAUGAGGGCUCGGUGAUAUUGGAUGAGGUGGAGUGUGAUUUGAGGGACUGGUAUACAAGGGUCUGUAAUUCUCUGACAGCUGAAGAUGAAAGUUCAUGGUUGACAUUUAUUGAGGACGAUGUAAAAAAGAUAUUCAAGUUUAUGCAAUAACUAUUUAAUAAUUUACAUUAUUGCUAUGAUAAUUUGCUAACUUUUUAAAUUUGCAGUGGAAUCUUCAAGUCCUUAACCUUAUUAUAUCAUUUCAAUGUCCAUGGAAAUUGGAUUAAUGGGAUAUCUAUUGGUAAAGGUACUCUUAAUGAGAAAGUAUAUAAUAUGAAGUUAGUAAGUGGUACGUAUAUCUUGAUGAAUUAAUUUAUUUUUUAUUUGGAAUAGUUAAUAACUAUUUAUUUUUUGUUAUAUAAAGCAGAAUGUUUGAGUUAUUUAGAUGAUUUUGAUGAUUUGUUUAAGAUCGUUCUUGCUGUCUUGAAAAGAAAGUAUUCACUCGAUUCACCAUCCUGGUCGUCACACCCUUUAAAUUGCUUUCUUUUCAAGACAGCAAGAACGAUCUUAAACAAAUCAUCGAAAUCAUCUAAAUAACUCCAACAUUCUGCUUUAUAUAACAAAAAAUAAAUAGUUAUUAACUAUUCCAAAUAAAAAAUAAAUUAAUUCAUCAAGAUAUACGUACCACUUACUAACUUCAUACUAUAUACUUUCCCAUUAAGAGUACCUUUACCAAUAGAUAUCCCAUUAAUCCAAUUUCCAUGGACAUUGGAAUGAUAUAAUAAGGUUAAGGACUUGAAGAUUCCACUGCAAAUUUAAAAAGUUAGCAAAUUAUCAUAGCAAUAAUGUAAAUUAUUAAAUAGUUAUUGCAUAAACCUGAAUAUCUUUUUUACAUCGUCCUCAAUAAAUGUCAACCAUGAACUUUCAUCUUCAGCUGUCAGAGAAUUACAGACCCUUGUAUACCAGUCCCUCAAAUCACACUUCACCUCAUCCAAUAUCACCGAGCCCUCAUGCACUAAAUGCACUGUCACGGCAUGAUCGCCUAGACAUUUUGCUACCAACGAGUUAUAAUGUGCCGUAUCCUUACUGGAAAAAUCUAGAAAAGAGCAAGAAAUGGUUUUCACUCCAUCUUUUCCAUCUACCCAUGAUCGCAUUAAAAGCUCUGCUGCAUGAACCCCGCAGCCAACAUCUUUCUUAUAGGAACAAUAAUAUUCAAUCCUACCAUGAACUGUCUGAGAAUAAAGGUAAAUAAGUCCCAAAAGAAGUAAAUUAAAUGGUCACAUAACAAGCAGCAGAAAUAUAUAUUUUCUGUUUAUUAGUUGAAGUCCGACCGAACAUGUAAAGUUCACUAAAAAUACACCAAACUCAAUUUAAAUUAAGGAAACACAGCAAAUUAUACCACAAGAAUGCUGGAACUGCUUGCUUUACAGUUCUCAUAAUCCGCAACAUUGGACGAAAUGAUUCUUGUCGUUGAAAUGCUCGCUUCUGAGGUUUCUCCAACUUUGGACGAAAUAAUUUCUUUUUGCAAUACAGAACAUAGAUUUUCUUUUUAUUAGUAGAAGUGUUUAAAAAUCGGCACAAAAGAAAAGCACGGACAGUUUUAACUUAAUGUAAUAGAAGAAUAUACAGCAACUUAUACCACAAGAGUGCUGGAACUGCUUGCUUUACGGUUCUCAUAAUCCGCAACAUUGGACGAAAUGAUUCUUGUCGUUGAAAUGCUCGCUUCUGAGGUUUCUCCAACAUUGGACGAAAUAAUUUCUUUCUGCAAUACAGAACAUAGAUUUUCUUUUUAUUAGUAGAAGUGUUUAAAAAUCGGCACAAAAGAAAAGCACGGACAGUUUUAACUCAAUGUAAUAGAAGAAUAUACAGCAACUUAUACCUUCACAUCGCUGGAAUUUUCGGCUGAUUUGCUAACCGUCUUUUCUUUUUUC